AUGGCGGCGGCGGCGGGGCGCGGGCUGCUGGCGGCGGGGCUGUUCCGCGGGCGGGUCGCCAUUGUCACCGGCGGCGGCACCGGCAUCGGCAAGGCCAUCGCCGCCGACCUGCUGGCGCUAGGUUGCAGUGUUGUUAUUGCCUCUCGUAAAUUUGACCGAUUAAAAGCCGCUGCAGAAGAGCUGAAUACCAGAUUUGCUUCCAUGAGUCCUGCCCAAGUGACCCCCAUAGAGUGCAAUAUCCGCAAAGAAGAGGAGGUAGAAGCUUUGGUGAAGUCUACACUGAGUCUGCAUGGGAAAAUUGACUUCCUGGUGAAUAAUGGAGGGGGCCAGUUUGCAAGUCCUUCUGAAACCAUCCGUGCAAAAGGCUGGAAUGCCGUGAUAGACACAAAUCUGACAGGGACCUUCUAUUGCUGCAAAGCAGUGUACAAUGCCUGGAUGCAGGAACAUGGAGGAGCCAUUGUCAACAUUACUGCUGCCGUGAGAAAUGGCUUUCCUGGAAUGUCGCACUCAGGAGCUGCAAGAGCUGCAGUGGAUAACCUAACCAAGACUUUAGCUUUAGAAUGGGCUCACAGUGGAGUGAGAAUCAACAGUGUUGCUCCCGGACUGGUAUUUUCGGAAACUGCUGUUGCAAACUAUGGAGAACAAGGUGUAAUGAUGUGGUUAAAGAGCAUACCAAAGGUUCCUGCCAAGAGGUCAGCUGUUCCUGAGGAGAUCUCUCCUGCAGUAUGUUUCCUGCUGUCUCCAGCUGCAUCAUUCAUAACUGGGAUAACCAUGGUCGUGGAUGGUGGCCAGAGUUUGUACGGCCAUAGCCUAGAAAUACCCGAUCAUGACAGAUGGCCCUCACCACCAGAAGGAAAAAAUUCUGAAAUGCUGAAAAAGCUUGUUUCUGGCAAGUUCAAAGCAAAGCUGUAAAAGAAAGAGAUAUUACCCUUGCUAAUAAUCUCACAUUGUGAUUUGGCCUAAUAAUUUUUUUUGCUCAUAUGUAACUACAUUAAGUGCCUUGAUUUUUCUUGGUUUAUAUUUAAAACUUUUGAAAGUCUUUACAUUGUACAUGUCUUCUUUGAAAAGUCUCACUCUGAAAACAUUCAGUCUUUUGGGAAGGGAAAAGAUGUAAAAGACCAUCCAUUUGCUCAGGCAUUAAGUAAUGAAGAAUCCCAGCAAGAAGGGAAUACAAAGUAUACUUAUUUUGCAGUGAAGAAGGAAUGUUUAGGAAUCCUUCUGUCCUUGAUGAAUUUACAGAGAAGGUAAUUUAAAUAUUUUACUAUUAAUUGCAUCAGUAACCCUUGGGUCAGGGUUAGCUCUACACUACUUCUGUUCAGCCACAUACUGAGUGUUAAUCAAUGGUUUUAAAGACCAAGCAGAGUAUGUAUUUCUCUGAAAAUAAAUAAAAAUAAGAUGGAAUACUGUUAUUAAUGUUUCAAACUAAUAUGUCAUAUCAUAUUUUGAAUGUUUUGAAUUGUUUGAAGAUAUAAUGACAUAAUGGAGUUAAGGUGGCUGCAACUUAAAUUUGAUAACAGAAUAAGCAGAUAAUAAAUGCAGUGAUGGAAAACGGUAUAGAUUCAAUAAUUUAACAUGCAAAAUCCAUGGUGUAUAUUGUAGUGCUCUCUGCAGUAUGCUACACUAGUAAAGGAGAAAUUUGGAAUUCUUCAUUUGCCAGCCAAAACACCUUUUAUCCAUACUUGUUGUCUUACAAUGUUAGCAGAAUUUUUUUCAUUACUGUCUUUAAGUGUGGUUUUUGUGAACAAUGCAGAGAUGCCAUUUAAAAAACGGAAGUCUUGUAAUACAUCACUUGAAGAGGCUAUAUUUGUAAAUUUUUUGUUCACUUUAAGGCAAAUGUUCCUAUGUCUGCUCACUUUAGUGAAAAUACAAAAAUUACGUAAUGA